GCUCGCUGCGUGUAUCAGCGCCUGGGCUGUGUGGGUGAGCCUCACUUACAGCGCCUCAGUGCGAGUGAUUGGUCAGCGCUGCGGGACAAGCCGGAGGCAUGGAGCACUUUCUGCAGGGUUGCAAGGCAGCUGUACAGAUUGUGGGAAAGGCUGCAUUCCACUGGGGGAAAGGUAGAUAUUUAGCCAGACCCCGGGCGCCCUUAAAUAUCCCUGAAGCUCUCGACUUCCAUGUGGUUCUGGGGAAUGAAGCCUGCGAUCUGGAUUCUAUGGUCUCCGCCAUUUCUUUAGCCUACUACCUGGCAAAGACCUCUACUAGUAAGAACCUAGCAUAUCUCCCUGUCCUGAACAUCCAACGGGAGGAUUUCCCACUGCGCACGGAAAGUACCUACUUCUUGAAGCAGAAUGGGAUCCCGGAGGGGCACCUCAUCUUCCGAAACGAAAUCGAUCUCCAGACCCUCUAUGAAUCUGGGCAUCUGGUGCUCACACUCGUGGAUCACAAUGUGUUACCCAGGGGAGACUCCUAUCUGGAAGACGUAGUGGCCGAGGUUAUAGAUCACCGCCACCUUGAGAGACCGGCUGCCCUCAACUGCAAAGUCACGUCGGAGCUGGUGGGAUCCUGCACUACGUUAGUAGCGGAGAAGAUUAUUCACGGGGCCCCAGAAAUCUUGGACUUGCAGUUGGCCUCUUUGUUACGAGAUACCAUUGUCCUGGACUGUAUCAAUAUGGCGCCCGCGGCUGGCAAAGUGACCCCCAAAGAUACCGAGUAUGUUACAACGCUGGAGUCGAUGUUCCCCAGUCUCCCCCCUAGGGGCACUGUGUUUGAUUCUCUGCAGAAAGCCAAGUUUGAUGUAUCAGGUCUCACUACCGAUCAGAUGCUGAGGAAGGACCUGAAGGUGCUGGUCAGUCGGGAUAUCAGUCUCGCCAUCAGCGCCCUGUACAUGAAGUUAGAGGACUUCAUGCAGAAGGAGGAUAUCGAAUCUGACCUGUGUUCAUUCUGCCGGAGGCAUCACUACAAUGUUUUGGUUGCCAUGGCGAUUACUUUUAAUAGGGAGAACGAACCCAUGAGGCAGAUCGCGGUGUACAGCCAGAAGGAGGGGCUUAGACGAGUGGUGUGCAAAGCCUUGCAGCAAGCUACCAACCCACCCCUCGACCUGACCGCCAUAGCCUGCCCUCCGUGUCCCAGUACCACCACUUACCAACAAGGCAACACCGCUGCGUCCCGCAAAAAGGUCCUCCCCAUCCUGAAAGAUUUCCUGAGGAAGAGAGACCUGGAGGAGAGCUCCCCGAUAUCCAUGCAGUCCUUGGAGAACCCGGAGACAUCCAAUGAUUUCUCUGGCUUCAGGGAAAGGACCGGCGACGACAACUUGGAGGGCGGAGAGUUGUUUGGGGAUUGUGGGGAGCAGCCGGAAGGCCAAGAUGGUUGCCCUGGAGAAGAGCAAAGGAGCAAAGGAUUUAUUGGCACUUACAGGACACAACUGGACGACGGCUUAGAGGACGAGCGCUCCUUUCCCCCAACGCCUAUGAACAGUCUGGUGGAAGGCUGCCCCCUCGACAGGGGUCUCCCAAAACUGACGGCGGAAGCCAUUCUAGAAAGGUUCAGCCAUAUAACUGCUAUAGAUUCCGAGAGCCAAUCAGGGGGCGAAAAGAAAUGACCAGAUAAGCAUUUUUAUUCCAUUGCAUUAAUAAUAAUAUUAAUAAUAAUAAUGAUGAUUUCUUAGCUUUGCCUUUUAAUGAAGAGCAAUAAAAUGUUAUUAUCUACA